GAUACGUUCAAGGUUCGGCAAGCCAAUGAGUAUCAACUUAUAUAUACAAACCCUGAACACGACUCUGCAGACCAUCGCAACACAAGUGGAGGUAUUCGCUGGCGUUGCCCUGAAAGCAGCCGUCAACGUUCGCAGGGAGCUGGAGAGUCUGACCGAGGACUGGCACUGGCAGAACAGCCUAAUCGAGUUUACCGACUUGCAGGCCACGUUGCUGAAGGUAUUGCUGGUGCUGUUGGCGGGAACGUGUAUCCUGAACGCCGGGUCCUGGUCAGUCUACGGCGAAGUCAUCACCGAGAAAUUUGUCAGGCCAAGUACGCUCAAGGAAAUCGAAGAGCUUAAAUUGUCUGUCGCCAAAUUGAAGUUGCCCAAGGAACACUCUCCCCGAAUAUAGACAUGUCGAAGAUCAAGA